UUCUAUACAAACCUCUAAAUGUCUUAAAUGUGAGCUAAAUUUUGUUAGAAGAAUUUUAUCUUUAAAAAGUAGAUGUGUUAGGUAAAGGAUUGGCAUAUGAUUUAAUCUUUUAUUUAUGAAUAAAAAAUUUUGGUAAUUAUGGAACUCUAGAAAAACCUUGGAAAAAUUGAAAAUUAGCAAGAAUGUAAAAUUAUGCUGUUAAUAGAGCCUACUCUUAAUCGCUACCAAGGAUUAAUCUCAACCUAUAAUUAAUACAAAGUUUAUUUAUAAAUGGCACUAACAAAGUUGUUUGAAAAAAUAAGCUAUUAUUACUAUUAAAUUGGAUAAGAAUAAUUUGGGUUUGUGGAAGGUAAGAAACCUAAUCACAAUCUCUUAGAUUAAGAAUUGUUAAAAAUUGCCAUAAGGUUGGAUGGAAGAAAGUGUUUUAAGAAUUGCAAUUUUUAGAAAUUUUAAAUAUCAUUGGAAUUAUUAGAGAGGAUAGAGGUUACAAUAUUUAUUGAAUAAAUUUAAAUAACAAUGUAAUUUUAUUUAGAAUUAAUUAUGAAAAUUUUCAAGCAAUAAAAUUAUACUUUGGCAUUUACUUUUAUAACCACAUAUUUAAUAUAAUUUAAACAUGCUUGA